GCACACACUGCAUUAUGAAUGGGACGCUUUAUUCUCUCAUACUGGGCGGUAUUAUCAUUUGAAAUCUGAUGUUAGCUAACGUUAGUUAGUUGUCGCCUAAAAUAAUCAAAGGGAAAGAUUUAACUCUCCUGUCACUGCUUAAGAAGGGAAAACAUGGUCAAAUGGACUCCAACAGUGAAGACGGAGAGUACCAAGCAGCCCAGUAUAGAGUGACCUAUCCUCACGGGAGAAACACAAAAGCGGCGGACUAUGAUAAGAAUGAGGAGUUCAACAAAAAGAGGUAUCCCGUGAGUCGCUCUGGCAACAACCCAGGCAGAGUGAAGCGCGUAGUGUCAUGUAAGAGGAAGACCCAUCAUCUGACAGUGGCUCGGAGAAAGCAGGUCGGGACCGGGAGGACUUGUGAUGCUGCAAACAAGGAGAAUGAGAUGAACUGCAUGCAGGACAUGAAACAGGAGAUAUUUGACAUGGACCUCUGGGAGUUCCCACUAAAUGUCAAUAACAACCACAGGACUGGUAGAACUGGUUCUGAGCAAGCAGACUACAGUACACUCACUGAGCUCACAAGGGAUCAUAGCACAAUGACUGAUGUGCUCUUUGGAAGAAAUCUGAGACUCAAAGUGUCUUUAACAUUGUGGCAGAGAAAUGUUGGAGAGCUGUUGACAUACUUCCUGAGAAUCCAAGACAUUGGUGUGUUUGUUGAUUUUCUCCCAUUGAUAAGCAAAAGCAUUGAUGACGAUUCCCCCAAGAUUACCAUUGGCUGCUGUGUUGAACUCUUUCCUUUAGUUAAAAAAGUCCUCAACAAUCCAUAUGAAGAGUAUCUUAUUGUUGGUUUAAAGUGGAUCAAUUCAGUUUUGAAAAACUGGUGGGAGGAACUAAGGGCAAGUGGCUACAGUGGAUCAACUAAACUCCCAUUGGAUGAAAAUUUCCAGGCCUUUAAUCAGCAGUUAUUGGAGUUAUGGCAUCAGCAACCUUUACUGAAAUCUGUCCCAGGAACUGCUGGAGACAUGGCGAAGGUCAUUGAUUCCUUCCUGUCUCAGCUUACUUGACGGCAAUGAAGAACCAGAUAAUUAAGUGACUGUUCUCUGGUAGCAGCCCCGCAAGAAUCCUUAGUAGAAUCAUUAGACUGGAGCUGCUGCUGUUUCCACAGAGAAGUGCCUUUUAGCUCGUAUCUGUCCUGAGGUAAUGUCUGUAGAGCUUGAUGUAUUUAUUGGCUUGCAGAGCAACUUGAACACAAGUACUGAAAAUGUGCAAUAUAAAUGUAAUCAUUGUCUUUUGAUUGACCAAGUAGGAUAGAUGUUGUAAUUAUGAUCAACAAAAAGAUUUUGAUCAUUGUGCAGUUUGAGUUGUCACAGAAACUUAAAGGCUUUUGUUAGUGUAAGAAUGAAUGUAAGAAUUUAGUUUUAUUGACAUGUUGUAUGUGUCUGUUCUCUUUAAUUGCCCCAUUUGUGAUGAAUAAAGUUUG